AUGAGACGACAAGGAAAGUACAUUGACGAGGUUUCUCAGGAUGACAAUGAUGAUAAGGAUGCCGCCACCCCUAUAUCUGAGCCCGAAUCAUCUGCAACGCAGACCGAGUAUACAAGCCUUGGUGGGCUUUCGAGUCCUGCUGCCGGUGCUUCGGCUGAUUGGGCUGACAUCAUUAUCCACAAUGAGGACGUGGCAACCCUGCGUCGCUACGUCGAUAGUAACAAGAACGGUUUCCCGAUAGCAUACGAGCGAUCGUACUGCCAUCUUUUCGAUAUCGCUGCGGAGUAUGGAAGGUUACGCUCUCUGCGAGUAAUGGUGGAGAUUUAUGUGGCCGAUCCGACGAUGGACGAGCCAGUGGACAAGUGCCUCGCCCGUAUACAAUGUUCACUCAUGGAUGUGGCCUGUAGGUAUGCGGACCGAGAGAUGGUGUUGUGGUUGCUGCACCAUGAUCCGCCCUUGGGGACAUUGAAUGGAGAGGAUGAAAUGACUGGCGGAUUAGUGAGCACUGAGAAGCCUUGCCCUGAGGUGGUGAAAAAUGCACGGGAGGAUAUGAUCAAGAUCUUGCGAGAUGCUGGGGCCUCGAUGGAUCAGCCGAAUGCUGCCGGAAGGACACCACCACAAGUCUUGGAGGAUGUGGAGGAGAAACGUAGAAGGAGAGAGCAGGAAGAGGCUAGCAGACGGGCAGCUGGAUUUCGGGGGAGGGGUCUGGGACGAGAGGGUCAGAAUUGAUGACAUGGUGGCUUUGUCUUGAGUAUGAUGUGUUGACAUGCAAAAUUGACCAGCACCCAGCUGUGGUUUUUGGUAUAGUUUGCAGGUUGUGUGAGUGCUAAGACGAUGAACAUAUCUGAUGAUGGGAUUCCAUGGUUAU